CGACGUUGCCUCCGGCUAGGAUGGCCCCUCCGGGCCCGGCCGGCGCCCACCCCACCUCGGCCGAGCCGCUGUCCCGCAGCGUCUUCCGCAAGUUCUUGCUGACCCUCUGCUCUCUGCUCACGUCCCUCUACGUCUUCUACUGCCUGGCCGAGCGCUGCCAGACCCUAUCGGGCCCCGUCGUGGGGCGGUCGGGCAGCGGCGAGGAGGCAGGGACCCCGGGCCGCGGCGUCCUGGCCGGAGGCCCGGGGGAGCUGGCCGCGUGGCCCGCGGCGGCGCGAAGGAAGCGCCUCCUGCAAGUGCGGCCGCGGCCGAGGCGCCGGCCGCCCUCCCAGCGAGACGACCGCGAGGAGGCGGCCGGGGAAGAGGAGCCCCCCGGGCUGGCGGGGAGUCUCGGCGGCUCCGGGGCCGGGAGCAGCGUGGCCGAGACUCCGCCGGGGACCUUGGCCCUGCUGCUGGACGAGGGGAGCAAGCAGCUGCCGCAGGCCAUCAUCAUCGGCGUGAAGAAGGGCGGCACGCGGGCGCUGCUGGAGUUCCUGCGCGUGCACCCCGACGUGCGCGCCGUGGGCGCAGAGCCCCACUUCUUCGACCGCAGCUACGACAAGGGCCUCGCCUGGUACCGGGACCUGAUGCCGAGGACCCUGGAGGGCCAGAUCACCAUGGAGAAGACGCCCAGCUACUUCGUGACGCGCGAGGCGCCCGCGCGCAUCUCGGCCAUGUCCAAGGACACCAAGCUCCUGGUAGUGGUCCGGGACCCGGUGACGCGGGCCGUGUCGGACUACACGCAGACGCUCUCCAAGCGGCCCGACAUCCCCAGCUUCGAGAGCCUGGCCUUCCGGAACCGCUCGGCGGGCCUGGUGGACCGCUCGUGGAGCGCCAUCCAGAUCGGCCUGUACGCCGAGCACCUGGAGCGCUGGCUGCGCCACUUCCCCGCCCGCCAGAUGCUCUUCGUGAGCGGCGAGCGCCUGGUGCGCGACCCGGCCGGCGAGCUGGGCCGCGUGCAGGACUUCCUGGGCCUCAAGCGCAUCAUCUCGGACAAGCACUUCUACUUCAACCAGACCAAGGGCUUCCCCUGCCUCAAGAAGGCGGAGGGCAGCGGCCGCCCCCACUGCCUGGGCAAGACCAAGGGCAGACCCCACCCCGAGAUCGACGCGCAGGUGCUGCGGCAGCUGCGGGAUUUCUACCGGCCCUUCAACCGCAAGUUCUACCAGAUGACGGGCCACGACUUCGGCUGGGACGGGUGAACCUAUAAUUUAAAAAGAAAAAGAAAAUAUCAGAAGAUAAUAUAUUUUUUUACCAAUCGGUAGAGAAAAAGCAGUUUAAUAUUUGCGCUGCCGAUAUUUUGUUUCAGUAUUUUUUUUUCCCAUGAAUGUUAAAGAGAUUGUUCUCCUCUCCACCCUCACUGGCAUGAACAACCAACCGCAAAGGUUUCGGUAAAAAAGGAAACCUGCACGAAUCUCCAUUUUCCAUCUUUAUUUUAUGUUUUAUGUGCACAGUUAUGAAGUAUGAGUGUCAGUUACCAUUAAAACUUUCAAGAAAUUCCUGAGAGUAUAGCUCACUCUCUUUUUUAACACAGCCCAGAUAAAACUGAUAUCUCUCCUGAUGUUUUUCUCCCUUUAAUUUUGUUCCUGUGCCACUUUUUCUUAAACCUUUUCCCGAUUAAUAAUUCUGUAUGGUUACCCAUCACUUCUCGGAUAUCAACUAUAGCUUUCUUGAUCCUUAUACUCAGCUGUGAUUAAACAACAUAGAUCAGGAAGGCUAUUUUCCCCAUUUUACAGAUAAAGAAACUGAGAAUCAGGGAGGUUAAGUGAUGUGUCUUACUGCCAGAUGGUGGACCCUUGACAAAACUCCAUCUUCCACUUAUUCCCUGUUUUGUGCCACUCUUCCCAGGAAGAAUGGAAAAGGCAUAGACAUCCUUUAGAAAUGCUUGGCUAGUUUGGGGAGGGUUUCUUGUUGCUUUGAGUUCUAGGCAAGCCUAUGGCUCUCAGACAUCUUACACAGUUGUGGUCAAGGAAACUACUCUGUCCGGGACACAAUGUCUUUUAAGAGGCAGUCUUGGCUUGCUAAAGCACCCCAAGAGGUGGAAAUCCCGACUGAAUUGAAGUGAGGGGAAUUACUGGAUUGUUGCAUGGAGAACAAGGUGGCUACUGACACUAGGAGCAGGACAAGCUGUGGUAGGGGCAGAAUUUACCUAUUCUUGUUUUGAUUACCUAAUUUUUUUUUCUUAAAGAAAAACCCACUUCAGUAAGAGUUUGCAAAUAUCAACCUCAGUUUUUAACCUCUUUUGUAACAAAGAAAGUCUGCCUCUGUUUAUAACAUCUUAUUUCUAACCUUGGAGCUAGAACUAAAAAAAAACCAUCUUAUUUACAAGGCCCUCAGUUUUUUAUGGGUGGAGGGAGGGCUGUCACUUUGUCACUUUAUUUUUCCCCAUUUCCUCUUUAUACCAAUUAUAAUAUAAUAUUCAUUAAUAUUUGGAAAAUACUCUAAGAAAUGCAGAUAUGGGUAAAAUAGUGAUUUUUUUUUUCUAUUCUCCCAUCUGUUUCUGCCUGUUCCCCAUUUAAAUAGCCCAAAUAAAUCAAUAGUUUAUUAAGA